AUGCAGCCGUUUUUUUUUCAAGAGAACUUGGAAAAGAUGAAGCCUGCCUGGGCUACGGCCGUGGAGCAGGCAUUGAAGAAAGAUGCUCCGGCAUUGGAGAGAUGGACGGAGAUCGAAACUAUCCUGCAGGAGAGCAGGAAGUGCUACAGGCAGGUGCUGCGGCCGGGUCAAGUCCUGGUGCACCCGUCGAAUCGCUCAGGGUUAGGAUUGAAUGGAGCCCAAGUUCACAAGACAGGGGCCCAAGUGCAAUCUGUAGGCUUCAGCUCCAUGGAGCUGAAGCGAAGUGUUUGCAUGGAAAUAUCCACGGAUAGAGCUCUGAGCCAAAAGGCCUUUAGUUUCAACAAGCGGCAAGUGGAUAUGAAUGGAGGGCUGCUAGCUGAGGUGCGAGGCGAUGAGCGAUACAUGUCGUUAGCAUGCAGUCACUUUACGGCAUUUUGCCGUGCCUGCAUUGCAGCAUGUCCCUCGGACCAAGAGACGGUGUCGGACAACGGCAAGCUCACGUUGCAGCGAUUGUCUACGGACUUUCGGCAGGCCGUGGAUAAUGGAUGGGAGUGGCUGGUGCUGUCAGCGGAAGUUGAUGCAGUACUGCCCUCGCUGGCCUCCUUCGUUCAGGAAGUCAUGAAUGCAGCCCAAGGAGUUGCAAGAACGGCAGGCGAGCUGGAGCUCGCCAUGGCGAUGGUGACCCGAGCAAAGUUGCUGGCAGAGCAAGGUUUGUGCAUCGACUGGGAUGUUGUGCAAGCUGAUGUAGCAGCCGCGGUGCCGGAUGCCUCGCCACAGACCGUGGCCGCUUGCGGGUUGUUCUGCAGAUUCUAUGCAGGAGGAACCGAAGCACCUCUGCUGAAGUUUUUGCACGACUUUUCCUUGAAAUAUGGGGCAACCAAAAGAUUGGGAGAGGAAUUCAUGUCCACGGUCGCCGGCCUCCGGUUUGCAGGGCAGGAGCGAUCGCAUGCUUUCGCAAGGGCUGCGAUGAUCGCGACGAACCUGACAGCCACAAAAGUGGUAGACGGUGUGGCUCGGCUGCUGAGCAAGAGCGAUGUCAGCAGGCUCUGUGCGAAAGGCAUGGAAGAUGCUGUAAAGGAUUGGGAGGAGCUUCUUGCUCGUGCCUGGGCUCACACUCAGAAUGUGACGGAUGCAAGUGCACGUGCCAAGGCAGUUGAGUGCUUCGGUCGCCUGAUGGUUCGCAGCACCCUCUUCAUGUGCAAGAAAGAGAAGUCGGGGCAAGAAGGCCUUGAGCACGGGUCAUUGGCCAAUUUGCUGACUUUGUACGAACACGAGAUGGGUGGCAAGAGUGCCGGUGCAACACCGGCUGCUGCUACAAAAGAUGGGCCGUCUGAUGCGGCCCCUGCGACCUUGGAGAACAUGCAGGACCCGGCCUUCCUGAUGAAGCUGCAAGGCUUCGCAGAGGGGAACCUGUACAAAGGCAAGCAGAAGUAUCAGGACAUCUGGCCUUGGAAGCUGGAGAAAAUCGGCCAGAGCCACGGCUCUUUCUCGCUGUCUUGCCCAGUGAGCUGGGACAAGAAGGUCGAGGUGCCUCUGAGCGAGCUCAAGAAAUUUUUCGAUCUGUAUAGCGGAGAUGCACCCGAAGUGGUGUCUGACUCUGUGGACCGACUGCCCCAUAAUACGGAGGCUUGCAGCCAAGAGAGACUCCGAGGAGAGUUCUUCGAGCUCUGCUGCGAGUAUUUCCUGAAGUACUCGCACUGUGAAGAGGAGUUGACCUUUUUGAAGAAUCCCACGUGCUGUCUGUUGGAGGGCAAAGCCAAGACAGGCAAGCUGACGAUCUUCCCCUUCACGGAUCAGAUUUCAAAGGUUGGCUUAAAGCCGGCAGCUGGCAGUGUGGAGGUUUGGCAUUCGGCCUCGGGCACAAGCUUGUAUAUUUCACCCCCGGCUGCAGCCGGAAGUUUGCUAUCUGCCUUCUGGCAGAUCCCGGUCGGCUCAGAGCCGAAUCUGGCGACAGUCCUUCUGAACGAGAAGGGCUGGAAGAUUCCCAUUUUGAAGAACACUGCUUCGCUGAAGGAGUGCAUCCUGUACAGGCCGAAGCCUGCCGAAAGUUUGAGGGCCUCGGCCCAAGAGCUGGAUCAAGGAUCCGCUGCCUCGCGAAAGCGAAAGGCUUCUUGA